AUGACUACUUUAUACGAUUUUACCGUCAAGGACAUCAAGAACAAAGACUGGAAUCUCGCUGAUCUCAAGGGCAAGGUUGUUCUUUUUGUCAACGUUGCCUCCAAGUGUGGUUUUACCAAGCAAUAUGCUGGUUUGGAAGAGCUCUACAAAAAGUACGAACCUAAGGGUUUCGUUAUCGUUGGCGCCCCCUGUAACCAAUUUGGUAGUCAAGAACCUGGAUCCGAGGAAGAGAUUCAAAAUUUCUGUACUUUGAACUGGAGUGUUACCUUCCCUUUGACUGCAAAGCUUGAUGUCAAUGGUGACAAUGAAGCGCCUGUCUACAAGUUCUUGAAGGAAUCCCAACCCGGCAUUCUCGGUUUGAAGCGCGUCAAGUGGAACUUUGAGAAAUUCUUGAUCGAUCGUGAGGGUAAGGUUGUUAAGCGUUUUGCCUCCACCACUGAGCCCAAGUCUAUUGCUGCUGAAAUCGAGAAGCUCUUGUAG